AUGUCCAUAAGCGCCCCUUCACCGCCAAUCUUCAUCCCAGACGACAACGAGCUAGCGCUCCCGGCACCACUAACAUCCAGAAACCUCCAACCACGUUCCAGAGCAGUCUCCCUUGCUCGUUCAACACAUUCCGGUUCCCUCUCCCGACCUGCCUCACGCACAAGUUCCCGAUCACACAACAUGUCCACAAGCACAAGACACCGUUCAGACUCUCUCAGUUCCGCCGAAGAAUCGCUGUUUAUUCAAGCGCUCAUGCAGCCUGACACAGGCGAAGGUUCCAGCAGCUCACACGCGAGCCGGAUGGCAGGAGGGAAGAGGAGACAAACGGGAGACGACGUCCUCCGGCGGAGUAAACGACGGAGAAUCUCCUUUGUCGAUUGGAUGGUUAGCUCGGGCGAGGACGAGGACGAUGAAGCCGUCGACCAGCUUAUUUCCGAUGACGAAGACGAGAAGCCACUCCCUUCUACAUCUACUUCUAUCGCAGGUCCAUCUACACAAGGGACUUUGUUCAGCUCGCAAGCGAGCAGCAGCCUUUCAUCGCCUCCCGGCUAUGUGAGUAGCCCCAGCCUCGCAAAGAUCUUACAUGCCACCGAUAUAGAGCCGCAACCUAUCAAGUCCCUACACGAACCCAGCACCUCCACUUCCACGUCUACCAUCCCACCUGUCCCAGUCCCAGUGGCACCCUCCCCAGCCCCAGAAAAACAACCAGAGCCUCUAUCCGAAUAUACCUGCCCCAUAUGCUUCUUCCCCCCCACAAACGCAACACUCACUCCCUGCGGGCACAUAUGCUGCGGCGCGUGCCUCUUCACGGCUGUAAAAACGACGAUGCAUAGGGGGGCGAUGAUGCCUACCGGUGAACCGAACGUUGCUAGGUGUCCAGUGUGUCGUGCGGAGAUUAAGGGAUGGGAUGGACGAGGGGGUGGUGUCAUCGGAAUCAAAGCGCGUGCUAUAUUCAGUAUCUGA